AUGUUGUCCCGGGCGGCGUGCAGCACGAGCAGGAGACUGGUGAAGGCCCUGGGCGCGCUGGGCUCCCGGCAGAAGCACAGCCUCCCCGACCUGCCGUAUGACUACGGCGCCCUGGAGCCGCACAUCAACGCGCAGAUCAUGCUGCUGCACCACAGCAAGCACCACGCGGCCUACGUGAACAACCUCAACGUCGCCGAGGAGAAGUACCGGGAGGCGCUGGAGAAGGGUGAUGUUACAGCUCAGAUAGCUCUGCAGCCUGCGUUAAAGUUCAACGGUGGGGGCCAUAUCAAUCACAGCAUCUUCUGGACAAAUCUGAGCCCUAACGGUGGUGGAGAACCCAAAGGGGAAUUGCUGGAAGCCAUCAAACGUGACUUUGGUUCCUUUGCCAAAUUUAAGGAAAAGUUGACUGCUGUAUCUGUUGGUGUCCAAGGCUCCGGUUGGGGUUGGCUUGGCUUCAGUAAGGAGCAGGGACGCUUGCAGAUUGCUGCUUGUUCUAACCAGGAUCCCCUGCAAGGAACAACAGGUCUUAUCCCCCUGCUGGGGAUUGAUGUGUGGGAGCAUGCUUAUUACCUUCAGUAUAAAAAUGUCAGGCCCGAUUAUCUGAAGGCCAUUUGGAAUGUGAUCAACUGGGAGAAUGUAACUGCAAGGUACACGGCUUGCAGCAAGUAA